AUGGCUAAAUUCGACAAGUCGUCAGUCAACAACGGCAAUCACCUAUCCAACGCUCCCUUAUCCAAUCUCCAGAGCAGAUUGGAUGUGGGUGCUGGCAAUCGCGAUUGGGCAUGUGAUGCCGCCGAUCACCAUCCGGAGGCGAAAGCCAUAGCCUUCGAUCGUCUCGACGUCCUUCCAGAAUGGGUACCACCAAACCUCACCUGCCAAAUUGACAAUGCUGAUCGAGGGCGAACGUUGUGUCAAGACAUGACCGAGAGGACGGGUCGGGCACUGGAAAUGACCGAGACAAUUUGUGACCUGCUUCGAACAGCUGGAUUCCGUCACACCAAUACUGUGAGCGGAACUGACACCCUCGGGCACGAAUUUGACGUCAAGGGGUACAUGUUACUGCCUUUUCAUCUCGGAUUAGGAUGGGAAAUCUCCAAGAUCAACCAAACGGCAGAGAUGAUGAAGAAGGACCUACCAGUUCCAAUUGAAAGGCAUCAUCAUCUCGACUCGUUUCAACACCCUGAGCAGCUCGUCAGGCAAUUGACCGCGGCGAGUGUCACACACGUGACCGCAGGGCUCGUCCGUCAGACACGCCGAAUUGAGCAAUGA